AUAAUAUAUUAUCUUUAAAAUUAGGCAAAUUAAAGAAUUUAUAAGAAUUGUAGUUGCUUUUUUCUAUGGCCAUUGAUUAAUUCUAAUCUAAGGGUUAAAAUUAUCCUUUAUCAAUCUUCAACCUUCAUUCUUAUUGGUUAAUUUUUUCACCUCAAAGAUCUAUGGCCAUUGAUGAAAUAUAAUCUAAAGGCCACAAUUUGUUCUCUCUCUUUUUCAUUUAUCUAUCCUCUCAUUAACGAAACAUAUCAACUCACUCCAGAUCUGACAAAAAGAAAAUAAAGUCUUUCCAUAUCCUUUUUUUUUCUACGAUGUUUUCUCCUUCUUCACCACUCCCAUUGAUUUUGAUCGACUUCUCCUCCGCCAUGGUUACUCCCUCCCUGUUUUUCAACCGAUGCUCUCAUUCCUCCUCUUCCUGUAGCGAUGAAUCGCACUGUAAUGACCCACCAUCUCCACUAUCCCCACCAUCUCCACCAUCCCCACCAUCUCCACCAUCUCCAUUAUCUCCACCAUCUCCAACUUCUUUAAAGAGAGAGAGAAAGAGAGAGAGAAAGAGAGAGAAAGCUCACCUGAGCUCGUCGCCGGAGCCACCGCACGCCAGGACGUCGUCAAGCUCGUCAUCACCAUCAACCGCAGCUCGAGUGAAUCUCGUGCAUCCAAGGCCAUCAUCGUGUUCCUCUCGUCAAGACGAAGCCGUAGACACCAACCGCGUCACGAUCAGAGCCCGGACGAAGCCGUACGCGCCUCCGGAAGUUUCACCUCCGCGCGCGCGUGAGUUCCACGCGCCGCCGCCGGACCACCGUCCUCCGCCGCAGCGCCGCCGCCGGACCACCGUUCUCCGCCGCAGCUCCGCCGUCGCCGCCGGCCAACUUACCGAUUUGGAGUCCAUUUGAGCAGCUGGAGUUCAUAUAUACCACUUCUCUUCAUUGCUAAGGUGAGACCGACGAGCAGGAGUGAUUAUACGGACCGGUGCUUUUGGGCUUUU